ACCAUGUCGAUGUGUAGGGCAUGCUCGUGCACCGACAAGCACGGGACGCAGGAGACGGCGCCCGAGUGCUGCGACGACAACGGGGUGCGGCGCGGGCGGUGCCUCUCGUGCCCGUGCCCGGCAUACUCGUCGACCGAGGGCGAGGCGUGCGUGGCGUGCGAUCACGUGCCAGCUGCGCAUGAAGUUCUCUAUCCGACUGGCCGCCGCAUGGAGGGCUAUCUUCAUCUCCGCGAUCGCGCUCAGGGCUUCCGCCUCGCCGCCCGCAACCCCAUGCUCGACGUCUCGCUCGACCCGCCGGGCUCUUCGGUCGCCUCGUCCGAGCUCCUCAACAUGAUCCACACUGCCCGCUCCGACGACGAUCAGCUGCCGCGGUAGCCGAUUAACGAGUCGCCACUUCUCGGAGCGGUUUACUACGACGGCUUGGCCCGCUUGGCCGGGCGAGCCGGUGAGGCUCGAGCCUGGCCUCGUUCGACCGAUGCUAGCGUGGCCUCGAGGGUGGCGAGCAUGUGCGGGGUCCACUCUUCGGACGAGUGCAUGCCCGAGGGAUCGACGGCCGAGAGCGGCGGGAGCGGAUGCUUGAUGACCGAGUUGUAGAUGCAGCCCCACUGCGAGCCGUCCUUGGUCGGAAUCCACGAGAUGAGUGCGCCGUCGCGGGCCUUGGCUGCGUAGUACGAGUCCUUGGCCUUAUUCUGCUCGAUAAAGGUGUACGGGCCGACGGCCACAAAGCG